GCCCCUUCUCUCUACUUAGGGUUUUUCAGAGCGCACCGAAGCGAGGCUCCACGUACCUCUGUUCUCAAUCUUUUCUCCGAUCAACAGAAAAUGGCGACUCAGAUGAGCAAAAAGCGAAAGUUUGUGGCUGAUGGAGUCUUCUUCGCGGAGCUCAACGAGGUUCUCACCAGAGAGCUCGCUGAGGAUGGUUACUCUGGUGUUGAAGUUAGGGUCACCCCAAUGAGGACCGAGAUCAUCAUUAGGGCUACCCGAACUCAGAACGUGCUCGGUGAGAAGGGAAGAAGAAUUAGGGAAUUGACUUCUGUUGUUCAGAAACGCUUCAAGUUCCCAGAAAACACUGUGGAGCUUUAUGCUGAGAAAGUUAACAACAGAGGUCUCUGUGCCAUUGCUCAGGCUGAGUCACUACGUUACAAGCUUCUUGGAGGGCUUGCUGUUCGCAGGGCUUGCUAUGGUGUCUUGAGAUUUGUAAUGGAGAGUGGAGCAAAGGGAUGUGAGGUGAUUGUCAGUGGCAAGCUCAGGGCUCAGCGUGCUAAAUCAAUGAAGUUUAAGGAUGGAUACAUGAUAUCCUCGGGUCAGCCUGUCAAAGAAUAUAUCGACUCGGCUGUGAGGCACGUGCUCCUUAGACAGGGUGUUUUGGGUAUCAAGGUGAAGAUCAUGCUUGACUGGGAUCCCAAGGGCAAGCAGGGCCCUAAAACUCCUCUACCUGAUCUUGUCACCAUCCACACCCCCAAGGAAGAAGAGGAGUAUCUUAGGCCACCAAUUCCGGCUGCAGAUAUCGAGGUUGCAGCAGCUUAAGACUGCAAAGAUAUGGCCCCAUCUGGAACAUUAGGGCUAUAAUGUUUGGUCUAGUUUUCAUUUAGAAAAGUAAGGAACAAGAGAGGAGACAUUUAUAGAUGGUGCGUUGGAUUUGAAGUUUUUGUCCCCUACUUUUAUUUUUAUUUUUUAUUUUGUUGAGUUUUUAAGGGCUGUUUUUACAAUUUUCGCAGACUGAUCUAGUAUUAUUUUUCUGGUAUUUACAAGUGUUUCAGACCUUAGUUGAUGAAUACAUUUGAUUUUGAUAAUAAGAGUAAUUUGGUAGUA